ACAGGGAGGGUCUAGCUAGGCACUAGGACCCUGCAGGUGCAGCAGAGAUUUUUCAAUAAUGUGCAGUGCAGUCGCGUUCACAGGGGCGCGAGGGCAGCUGCUACAGCGUCCCUCUCGCGCAACUGCUCCACAAUCUUCAAAACACUGAUCGCGAAUACGGAUCCAAAAACAUUGUCUGGGAUCUUCGUUCCUGGCUUCUCCGCGAAGCAGCGCAACAUCGCUCCUCAUCACCGGCGCAUCCAGCCGACAUGGCCUCAUCCGUGAGCGGAGCGGAGGAAGUGCGCGUGUCGGCGUUGACGCCCCUGAAGUUGGUGGGUCUGGUGUGUAUUUUCCUCGCGCUGUGCCUGGAUAUUGGGGCCGUGCUGAGUCCGGCGUGGGUCACCGCGGAUGACCAGUACCACCUGUCCCUGUGGGAGUCGUGCAGGAAGCACGCUGCCUCCACGGACUGGCUGUGCGACAGCACGCUGGGGCAGAAAGGGACCGACUGGCAGAUCGCCACAUUGGCUUUGUUGUUGGGUGGAGCGUUCCUUAUCCUCCUUUCCUUCCUGGUUGCCCUGGUGUCUGUCUGCAUUCGCUCCAGGAGACGCUUCUACCGACCGGUCGCUGUUAUGCUCUUUGCCGCAGUGGUCCUACAGGCCUGCUGUUUGGUGCUGUAUCCCAUCAAGUUCAUCGAGACCAUCAGUUUGAGAAUAUACCACGAGUUUAACUGGGGCUACGGUCUGGCUUGGGGAGCCACCAUCUUCUCCUUCGGAGGAGCGAUUCUCUACUGCCUAAACCCCAAGAACUACGAAGAUUACUACUAAACAUGCUACAAUACCCACAAUGCACUUCAAUGUCCUCUUCACUGUUGUGAUAGCAGCUCAUGCACUGAACGUUGGUUCGGAACUGACCCUUGACUUUGCAAACACAAACAAAGACCCUUGUAAUGCAGGGCAAUGUCGAGCUGUUAGAUACAUAGAUUUUGAUUCUUUUUCCCUCAGAUUACUCUAUCACACAAUUAAACCCCACCAUCAAAACUCGUUUUUCUCUCCUCAUGUCAUUCUAACACCUGAUCUUCUUCUGACUGUCAGAUGAGCAUCUGAAUCCAGAUGUCAGCCUAUGUUCACAGGAAUACUGCCAGUCUGUGAUGUAAUCAGUGGGGAAACCUCCAUCUGUGGUGGGAUCUGAAACAAGGCAGACAGAAGUCUACAAUUCUAUGUCAUGAUAGACAUGUGUUUUGAGACCUGAAAGAUACAAGAUAGAAGGUUUAAAGACAAAAUUAAACUGUUUAGAAUGCACCCAAGAACAUAAAGUUUAAAAAUCAUGCAGCUUGAAAUAAGAAACAGUGUUAUUGGUACAGUAAAGUACUAAUCAGCCAAAUUAAAGACAUCUGUAUAAUUGUAAACUGUCAAAAAGAUCUUAUGCUUAAGGUGGGGUCAUGUUCGCGAGAUUUUGCAGGCAAAAAAAAAGGUCCAAUGUUAAUCGCUUUAAGUCACUUUCAAACCAAGCAGCUUUCUGUUGGUCAGCAUGGGGAAUUUGCACGACUGACUUGAAUUCAAGUGAAAUCUGCCAGGGGGAACUCUUUCGAUCGCACAGAUUCCUAUUGGAAUGAAUAGAUUUCAUCACAGAAUUUCACUGAUCAACAGUAAAUAAAUGUUAGUAAUGGUAAAAAAUAAUUACAUAACUUUCGAAGGUCCAUAGUCUACUGUCAAUAGUGUAGUGAUGUAUGAAGCACAACUCACACAGAAGUCACUUUUAAACCAAGCAACUUUCUGUUGGUCAAUGUGGUGAAUUCACAUAACCAAUUUGAACAAGUUGCGAAAUAUUUCACUCUCAUGUGAAAUUCUUCUUUGCUUGGAUUCCUACUGAAAUUAUGUUUUCGAAUUAAAAAUGAUAGUGUUGGUCAAUGUGGCAAAAUCACAUGACCAAUUUGAACCAUUGCGAAAUUUCAGUCCCGUGAAAUUCCCCUUUGCGUGGAUUCCAAAUGAAAUGACUAUUUUGAAUGCAAAAAUUUGCCAAAUGGUAAAUGUGACCACACCGUUAUCCAUAGCAUCCAAGCAUAAUUGCUCUCAUAAAACACUAAGAAAAAUAGAUUUUACUUUUAAGCACAUAUCAUGUACAUAGCACAUGAAUUGUCACCAUACAGUUAAUUUGUGCACACCUGGAAACAUAUUUACGCAUAUCUCAUAUUCAGUUUAAAAGGGAUUUGGUAGAAGAUACUUUGCAUUGUAGAAAACCUAGGUCUUGUGGUGUAACCAAGCCUUGCAUAUAGACUAGUUUUUUUGACUGGUAUCUGAAGAGUGAUUAUUAGUCUUUUGCAUAAGUAUCCAUACAGGUAGUUAAAGGCAGACUGUAGGGUUGUUUUUUAGCACUGUCAGUCUGUUGUGUGCAUGUUGGUGUGUCUGAAUGAGGGCGCAUGUAUCAUUUGAGUGCGUGUUUGAGUGAUUGCGUGCUUUCUGUUGGGAUUUUUUCUGUCCCGAAUGCAGUUGUGACAUAUUGUACUAAUUUAUAUA